AUGCCAUGGUCCAUGGCCCACGGGGGUGUGGACGACAAACACCGCCGGGCGGGCCUGGAAUCGCCGCGCCCCCCUGGUCCUAGAGUCGGUAUCGCACCCUCUUCCAAGUACUCCGUACCUUUCUUCCUCUCCUUGGUGCUUGUCCCCAAAUUCCACGGAGCGCCAAAAACCAACCGGCGGCUACAGAGCCACGCCAGCUUACACGGCGUGACGGCGCGGCAGGGCGCUUUCGUUGGACGCUGCGCUCGUGCCUUUGGACACUUCUUUGACGGCACGGCCUCUAGCGAUCGAGAUGAAGAGGGGCCGGAAAUGCAGCAGCAAAACUGCGUGGUCCCCCCAACUAUAGAAGUUCUCCAGGGGCACAUUUUCCGGUUGAGUCUCUCCCAUGCCAACUCGACCGCGUCGUCGUCGACACUCUGCCGAUUUGCAAGUCCGGACACCAUACCUCUGCACAUCAUCAAGAUAAUGCUGCUGGAUGUCUCUGGUAUGUGGGAUAGCCAGUCCACGGCUCGUCCCGGCCAUCGGGCUGGUCUGGAACACACGACUGGCACGCUGGCCGAGGGUCGACACGGCUGUUGCUUCUGUGCAAUGUGCACGAAAGACAGUGCCGGCAAAAGCUGCCGCCUCGUCCGGGUCUGCUACGUUUGCAAGCUGUUCCGUCUUCGCUCCGGUGGCAUCCCACCCAGCACGCCCUCGCCCCAGUUUUCACCAUGGAGCAGCAAUCCCGAGAAAGUCCAGCGCCAUCUCGUUCCGGCGACGCGCCAAAUCUCUGUUUAA